ACCAUGGCUAAGGUGUAGCGUUCCAUUCAGCGCCGAUAUAACCAUAGAAUAACUAGAUGGUGGACUCUCAAGUUACUUACUACCGCUUUUACUUUCUUGCUUUUUUUGACGACAGGAGGCUUUUAUUAGUAACAGGAUUUUCUGUACUGUAUUUUAAGAUGACAAGUUAGUCAUCGUGAUUUUUAAACUAGUUCCCGUUCCUUUAACCGUAUCGGGAACGAGUACUUUCAAUGUUACGAAUAAGGAAUCGACUAUCUGGUUGGUGUGCUGUUAUCCCUGUGCUUUCAGCAGCGCAUUCGAUAACUGUUACCUCUUCGAAAGCAGGAGUCGGACCCAAAGAGCUGUGACUUCUUCAGAGGCAAGGAUGUGGCCAGAAGUGGCGUGGAUUCUAGGAAUUAAACGGCACAACAACGGCAGAACAAAAUGGACAGUUAAAAUUACCACUUAUGUUUGAACAGUAAAGUCGGGCAAGGAAAAGAAAAACCCGAUGUCUUAUGGAAUGUAGCUAGCGUUGGCUAACGAUUUUCAUUGAGUGCCUGAUCUUGUCACUUUUCUUGAGGACGAUGUGUGCAUUUCCCUGGACCGCGGUGGUACGGAGGUCCUGCCUGCUUUUGCUGCUGGUGUGCGAUGUGAUCCGGGCCCAGGAUCUGAAGCCAACUCGAUGGCCUCUGUUUUCCCAGAAGCCUGUUCUGCUGGCCUGGAACGCGCCCACAGAGGACUGUGGCCCACGCCAUGGUGUCAACUUCAAGCUGAGCCAGUUUGAGAUUGUGGCCUCACCCAAUGAAGGCUUUGUCAAGCAGAAUCUCACAAUCUUUUAUAAGGACCGUUUGGGUCUGUACCCAUACUACGAAAGGGAUGUGGCGUUUAAUGGUGGGAUCCCCCAGUCCGCUAGCCUUACUGCACACCUGGAGAGGAUGCCAGAUGGUGUGAGUAAGUACAUCCGUGAACUUGGUGCCAGGGGGCUUGCCGUCAUCGAUUGGGAGGAGUGGCGGCCCCUGUGGGUCCGCAACUGGGACACCAAGGACAUUUACCGUGAGCAGUCACGGCUCCUUGUCGCCAAAAAGAACCCAGACUGGUCUACAGACGUCGUAAACAGGGUGGCCCAGCAGGAGUUUGAGAUCUCCGCCAAAAAGUUCAUGCUGGAGACACUGAGGUAUGCCAAGAGCCUGCGUCCCAACCAGCUGUGGGGCUUCUACCUGUUCCCCGACUGCUACAACCAUAACUACAAGUCCAGCCUGGAGAACUACACGGGUCGAUGCCCGGACGUGGAGAUGGUGCGGAACGAUCAGCUGACCUGGCUGUGGACAGAGAGCACCGCCCUCUUCCCAUCCAUCUACUUGGCCCCCAAGCUGAACUCCACCUCCAUGGGCCGCCAGUUUGUCCGGAACCGCGUGCUGGAGGGAAUGAGGCUGGCGUCAACUGGUGAAGGUGUCACACGGCCCGUCUUUGUCUACACGCGGCCUACUUAUGCCAACCAACUGACCCUGCUGACUGAGACAGACCUGGUGUUCACCAUUGGGGAGAGUGUGGCGCUGGGAGCAGCAGGUGUAAUUCUGUGGGGAGACGCUGCCUACGCCAGCAGCAGUGCCAACUGUCGCAGUUUGAAUGAUUACCUGCUGGGUCCGCUGGGCCGGUACCUGCUCAACGUUUCCACGGCAGCAGAGCAGUGCAGCAGGGCCCUGUGCUCCUCCCGCGGCCGCUGCCUCCGGCGUCGCGCAAACGACAACGCUUACCUGCACCUGAGCCCGCACAGCCAGCCAAUCGUGAGUGAGGGCGGCAAGCUGAUGGUGAGUGGCCAGCCCAGCGCCGAGGAGACGGAGCAGCUGAACGCAAACUUCCGCUGUCAGUGCUACAGCGGCUACCAAGGGGAGGGGUGCGCGCAACCUGGGCCCGGCCUUCCCGGCGCCUCCCCCAGCCUGCGGCUCUACCUGCCUGGCCUGCUGCCCCUACUGCUGCACAUACUCCUUCACUGAGCCAGGUCACCCUGCCCCCUGGUGGCAGGGAGGAUUUCUGCAGGCACCGAAGGCAGGACCCACGGGCUAAUCUGUACUGAUGGUGACAAAGGAGUUACUUUGGGGCAGUGAUGGCUGGAACCAUUACUAUGAUCGUGAACCCUGAACCACGGGCCUCCCCAGCCCUGGCUUGUUGGGACAGUUGGACUCCUAAGGUCCUCAUGGACUCCAGCUGGUCCUUAUGGACUCCAACCUGUGGUAGGGGCUUAGGCUUCUGGACACCUGUCCAAAAUCUUAGUUGAGGUCUGAGCAAAACCAAUAAUAAUCACGCACACAUUUUCACCAUAAGUUGUUUUUAGAUUUAUCUGAAAUUAGAUGGGAUGGUGCAAUUGUAAAGCCUAAACCAAUAGGAUGUUUAGUUGCCUUUUUUCCAGGUUUUCAGCUGAAAUGGUCUCAUCCACAGAUUUUGUAUAUCCAAAGGUGUGUCUUACAGUGAGGAAUUUCUGGGUCAUUAUCCACAUGCUUUUUUGAGCUCCUCAGUCCCUUAACUUAGGUGUGCGGCCCACUUGCAGGUGUGUAUGUGUGCAUGUGCAUAGGCAUGAUGGUUCUGGAUGUGACUGACGCAGACUGAGUGGUUCUGACUGUUACAUGUGACUGUCAGUCCACCAGCCUCUAAUCUGAAGGGCAGAGCGGAACACAUUAGGACAGGGAAGCAUAUUCAGACAGUGUGUGUGUGUGUGGGUCAGAUAUUUGCUUAAUGCCUUAUUUCUUAAAGCUUCCUCUCAACCAUGAAAAGAAGUCUCAAGAGGAGCUAUAAAAUAAAAUUUUUAUCAAGGAAUAUGUAUUUUUUGAACAUAUCUAUUUUUUAUUGCUUUGUUAAAUCUUUUUUUGAUACUUUCAGUGUUAGAAAAUCUGGAAUACUGACAGACUAGUACUAAUGCGUAUUAUUAUGGUUCCCUCAUAUGGCUUUUCUGGGGGGGGGGGGGGACAGAGGGCUUUACCUAAUGGGGUUACAGAAACGCUUGCGUGCCCUCACGUUCUGGUAGAAAUUCCUUGAAACCCUCAGGGCUUUCUGAAAUGUUAAGGUAAAUGGAUACAUAUUAUAAUGCAGAAACACUGGGAUCUGGCUGCCCAUCCCACCCCCACAGCUUGACACACUGAAAACCACAGCACUAUGCAGCUCCUGAACUUUCCAGGAAGACCUCAAAUUCACAGCUGCUGAGGCAUAAGCUACGGCUGUUUCCAAGGAGAAGAGUAUUUCUGCUUUCCACACCUAGAAUGCAAUUCGGCUGCUUUGAACGCUUGAUAAUCGUGCGAGCUGCAGCACGUGGUCAUGGUCAUGGACAAGGGCAGAGGUAACACCGGUGGCUUGUUAUCAGAAUACAGAAGUUUGUGGCCAUCUUUCAACAAAAGUAUCACAAAGGGGAUGUGAAAUGUCAUAGGGGAAGUGAUCUAGUCUCACAUUGGUACCUCAGUGGCCUGAAGGUGGGCAAGCAAACAGGCCAGCAGUCUUUAGCUUAAGGAACAGGCUUGUAUGAGCUUUCAGUUCACCCCGGCCAGCGUGGUUGUGGAAGUCCAGCAGAUGUGUGUGCCACCCACAUCCGCCUCAGAACAGUCAUUUAAAAGGAUUUCAGUUCCUGGAAAGCUUCUGAGUUGCAUAUCCAUGCCAUUUUUAAGAAGGGUUCUGCUUCACAUUUAUUUUCCCUCACAGUAUAUUAUCCCGAGUAAGUGCUAGUCAGGAGGUUCAAUGGUAUUAUUUUGUGUGUGAAUCUGGAAUUCCGUCUGUCUGUCUUGUCUGAAUUCAAACUGGAAUAGACCCCCCUCCCCCCCCCCCGCACCUGCCAUACUCUGACUUCCUAGAGGCUUGCACUGUUUCUGUUCCUUUCACAUCAUGUCUAAGUGCUAAAAUGUAUUAUAUAGCCUAUAUUUCACAUUCACAUUGGGUGUAUAGGUGUUCUGUAAGUAAGUAUGGACAAUUGCUAUUAUAGUUUUAAUUUAAUUGGUUAAUCAUGAAUUUUUUGUGGCUGAUGCAGGGUUGAGUUCACUGAAGGCCCUGGGAAAAUAAAGGAAUGACAUGUGCUAAUCCAUGCCUUUUCUAUAUGCUGUGCAUAUGGAACUGUACGCCUUGAAAGUGAAGUUUAUAUUUCAGUCAUUUUUAGCUAUGUUUGUAACUUUGUGAAUAGAAGGUUUGCCUUCUAGGUGAAAUUAUUCAGGUAUUAAUUGCUGAACACUUUGUUUUGACCUCCAAACAAACAAAAUUGAAAACAAAAAUAAAAAAGGAACCAAACUGAUCUAUUGCUAUUUUAGAUGUAUGGGUAACUGAAGCAGGGCCCUGUUUCAUGAAGCAGGAUUUAGGAGUUCCCUAACUGCACUGGAUACAACUCAAGACUGUAUCAAAUCUGGAACGUGGACUGAAGUAAAAAGAGCUGUUCCAGGUUUUACUUAAGGCAGUUAUCCAGCUAACUCCGCAAUCCUGCUUUGUGAAAUACCCCUCAGCUUUGCAUGAAUCAAUUUGACAGAAUGUGUGAGGUGAUGUCAUCAGAUUAUAUUUGCAGACAUGCCUUGUGGGGGCCCAUAUUUAUUAACUAUCAUCAGAUGGGUUUCCCCUCUGUCUCUCUCUCCCUUUCUUUUCACCCUUUACUAAAUUUUCUAGUGGGAGCAGUUGUCUUCUUUUGGGAUUCACUUCAUUUAAAAAGGGAAAAUCGCUGUGCCAAAACCAAUAUUAUUGGACUGGAGGUACAGAGAAAGUAUUGUUUCCUAAUUUAAACCAGACCUAAAUGCUGCAAUUUGAGUGAUACCUUGCAGCACUGUGUUGCACUCGUCCCGACAACACAUGCGCUACCCUCAGAGAAUGUGCAGGUGCUCCCUGGCUUGUUCGUUUAAUAAGUGAGUCCUUUCAAUUGCAAAAAUAGUAUUGUACAGCUUGUGGUUUCAAUACAGGAUAUUUUAGAAACCGAAAGUCAUGUACUGAGGUAUGUUUCAUAGCUUUAUGGAAACACCCACAUUGGGAGGAAAAAGUGAGGAUAAAAGUUAAAUAAUUUUAUUGAGGAUACAUCUGAAACGUGGCAUGUACGACCUUUUAAUGGAAAUGUGAGCAAAUAUGGCUUCCAUGGACUAAUCAUGGUCAAACCAUAUGAAAUAAUUUAUUUUUAAUAUCUUGUUGUAUAAAUCUUCCCAAAAUGUCUCACAAAAAUAUCACUAUAAUGGAUUAUGAAAUGAAGCCAUCACACUGAGCCAGCAUGUCUUAUAUUUAUGACACAAGACAUGACUGUGGCCACUUUGAGCUUGGACCUUCCUUGCAGCUACAAAUAAUAACUUGUAUAUACAGUGAGUUACAUAAUAUUUGGGAUAAUAAAUUUUGGGAUAAAUUUGGGAUUUUUUUAUUGAUUUUGGCUCUGUACUCCACAAUUUUACUCCACAUGUGGUUAAUGUGUAGAUUCUUAUUCAUGGGUAUUUUAUACACUUUGGUCUCACCAUGUAGAGGUACAACAUAAAUAAUGAAGAUGAAAAGAAACCUGAGUUGCCAUCAGGAACAUUAUUAAAACAAUUUCUGUAAAGGAA